GAAAAUUUCAACUCCGCCAUUCUUGUGUGAGGACUGAGAGAAAAUAGUCCGAGUUGCCGAGUGAGACCAAGAGCAAAGUGGUGCAGGUCAGUACUCAGUUGACUAUGGUGGCCUCUGUACCUCACUCUGAGGGGUCUCCGUUGCUUUCGCGGGACACACGCCGUUCUGGACUCGUUUAUGGCGAAGCUGAAGUUGGGGCCGCCGUCCUCCGUGCUAAUGCUGGCACCGAACACUAUGCGGGAGGUUUGAAUCAGUCGGGAUCACCUACCGAUGCUUGCGGAGAGGAUGAUCUGGCAGCAGAGGAAGCUAGGAUUACUUACCGGCGCAUGGUGGAGUCGGGAGCGGACGGUCGACGAACAGGCAGGGGCACAGCACCGGCCUCAUUUUCUGGGAUGAUCCCACGAAAAAGCAUAGAGCUACCUGCUAGAGGAAGCAGUGCCGACCCAUCAAGGAUCGGCGGAAAGUCAAGUAGAGUCACACAUGGCACUGUUCUUCCGACCGGGCCUUCGGAUCAGACCUUGGUUUGUACAGCGGGGCGGUCAACGUUUGGCCCUCAAUUGAACGAAGUCGUUGGGCAACAGCAUUUGCCCUCACUACUGCAGGGGGGCUCACAGAGCUUUGCCGCCCGACGUCAGUCUUUGGGCGAUCCUGGAGGAUACUCAGUCUCGCUGUUUAUGCGAGCAAACCGCAAAGACUAUCCUGCGGGGCAUGCACUUUAUGUGUUUGAUAAAAACUGCCUACCACCACGCGGACCUAACGAGAAAGAUGGAUCGCUUCCUGCCGUUGCAGAUAAUAGCGUCGAUGAGCACCAUGAACAGAGACGUAGCAAUACAGGCCCGCGACCAGAUCACGGCCGCUUUCAGGAUUUUUCGAAUUGCGAAGAAGCCAAGCUGACAUGGCACGACCUUACCUUUGCUGUCAAGACUCCCCCCGGUGGCAGUAGCGCGCCGAGCAGUGGUUCUUCGAGAAUAACUGGAUCGUCAGGCGAUUCGUCCUUGUCAACGUCGAAGAGUCUCUCUUCUCGCGCGUGGCCGCGCGCGGGCCAUUCGGGAAAGAUGUUGCUCAAGAGCUGCUACGGAGAACUGCUUGCUGGCGAACUCACUGCUCUUGUCGGACCCAGCGGCGCUGGCAAGAGCACGCUACUGAAUCUGCUCGCAGCACGACAAUCGUGGGAAGGAAAGAGCGGAAGUAUUCGGCUAGCUGGACGGGAGAUGAAAUUCGAAGACAUGCGCAGUGCAGUGGCUUAUGUGAUGCAAGAGGAUCACUUGUUGGGGACACAGACCGUUGCGGAAACCUUAAAGUUCGCGGCCGAGCUGAAAUUGGGACACCUGCUAUCGGCCAAACAAAUCCGGCAGCGUGUUGAGGAAACGCUCAUAGAUUUUAUGAUUCGGAAAUUUUUGGUAACCUGAGUGACCUCUACAGAUAUCAUUAAUCAUUUUGUAGUCAUAGCAUGAAGCAAAAGCAAUGUGUAAGAACGGUUAGCACUGUAAAGUUUUCCAUCUUCACGAAAUGGGGUUGCGUGAGUCCUAGUGCUUUCAUAGUCUUAGACCUCGUCUCGGUGCGCGACGUUUGCAUCGGCACCACAUUGAAGAAGGGGCUUAGUGGAGGGCAAAAAAAACGCGUUUCGACUGCGAUAGAGCUACUUGCACGACCAAAGCUGUUGUUUCUGGACGAGCCGACAAGCGGGUUGGACAGUUUUUCGAGCCUAAAACUGAUCUCCAAGCUCAAGGAAAUUGCAGUUCGCGAUCGAGCAAUCAUCUGCUGUACGAUUCACCAGCCCUCAUCAGAAUUGUUCGACAAUUUUGAUCGUGUUAUGUGUCUACGUCAAGGAGAAGUACUUUUUCAAGGUUACUCCGGCAAGCGGGCAACGCUGUUGCUGCACAUCGCACUCGGAAACUUUUCAGCCGUACCUAGUAUCGAGCAAGGUGACGAUAGUGUUGGCGGCGCGCAAAAUCUCAACAAUCCUUCCAUCACCGAAAACAAGGAGCACGAAGAGAACAUCGAAGCUGCUGCCUCACCUGGAACCAUGCGGUGGCCAAACAGGCGCAACACACUCGGGGGACGCGCCAGCGCUGGUCGAGGGUGCUUUGGACUGCCCGUGAUUGUCGAAGGGCGAAAAAUAUCUGGUGAGGACGAGGAGGAGAAUCCUUUAGUGCAAGAGGCGACGGGAGAGGAAGAGCUCUCGGGGCAUCCCGGCCGCAUCAGCGCGAAUGGGAAUUGUGAAGACGAUGAGGGAACAGUUGGAGUUGUACCAACUAGGGCAUCAGAAGAACAUCAAGAGAUUGAUGCUAAUGGGGGUGCCGACGAAGGACAUCUGGGGGAAGAUAUUGCUGACGAGUCUCCAACAGGUCGUGGGACCGAUGUCGAUGCCUGGCGUGCGUCGCCUAGUGGACAAGAGUCAUCCCCGAAUGAAAACAAAGUGGAGUCGCCCUCAAGUGAAAACAGGGCUGGUGCGCGAGAUGCCCGCGACAAUGUAGUUGGGAACGGCGCGAACGAGGACGAUGACGUGGUCUCAUUCUCGUUACAGGAACAUAAGGAGGAAACGCUCGCGCGAGCGGGCUAUGUGAUGAAUCCAUCUACUCAGUUCGGCGAAUCUUACCUGCACGACUCUGGUAGAGAAGAAGAAUUUCCUCGAUCCACCGCCAGUGGCUUUCAUCACGAUGCCACCGAUGGAGGCCGCGGCAUGUGCAGCUCAAUCGGGAGCAGUCGCGAGGCUUUCUUUCGCCGCGCCAACCGUGCCCGAUUGCAAACAAUAUCUGGGUUUCUGGAGCUCGUUGUCGGUCAGCCCAUUCCAGAGGGGUACGGAACCUGUGACUGGGUGUUGUAUCUUGCACAGUCUUUCUCAACGCAGGAGUUUGCAGAGGUCCGCGAUAACGCUCGAGCCUUGUUUCUUGGUCUACGCAACGGGUAUGGGAGUGGCGAUGUUGCUUCGGAGGGACCAGCACGUGGUGACAAGUCACAGGGCAAGGCGUGGAGCGGAAGCAUGACCACGACCCCGCGAUGUACGACCGGUGAAAUGUACGCUUCAUCAGCUAACCCUAGUAGUAUCCGGCUAGACAAAACUGAUGGCAAAACACUACAUGCAGACGUGACGGCUCGCUUAGGGUGCGCGGCGGAGGUUCACGAGAUAAUCUCUACGUGCGUGCUUGCCGAUGGUCCCGGAGGCUUGCUGCAGAACACAGGCGACGCGGGUUACCUCAGCGAUGACGAUGGCCUGGACCACGCAGGCGAUAUUGAUGAACCGAGUAGAGGAAAAACGAGUCUAGAUCAUCGAAACUACAAGAAGAACGCCCAUUCUGGGUUGAAGCGGCACUCUUCCGCGCGUGCGCGCACGACUCAGAGAAGUGGCAGAAAGACUUUUUCGCUUCUCUUGAAGAGAGAAUGGACACAUCGGUCUCGAGACGUGGAUGCGAUGGUUUCGAAGCUACUGAUUCCGAGUAUCAGUGUCCUCAUCUAUGCCCUUGCGUACGCAAACGUAGGCCGCGAACUCAGCGGCGGCGUAAUGCGGUCUAGUUCCGAUGCGUCCGAUCCGCAAAGCGAUUACUAUGUUAUGAACAGACCCCUGUUGUUGUAGAGGACGAGUGUCCGACCUUGUUGUUACAAGUACGAGUAAAAGAGUUAUCUCCGAGGCAACAUCAAGUUCUGUUGGAUGGUAUCAUGACCUUAAUGUUGAUUUUCCAUUACCAUUUGCUCUUUUCAUACAUGUGCACGGAGAGGGUGAAUUUCGUGCCAAAAUUCGAGAAUUGCAUGGUCCUUUGGGCCAAAUUCACUUAGUGGUGCUCAUGUCGGCUGCACAGGCGCUAUUGAUGAGCAUCGCACAAGAACGAGCUAUCUUCAACCGCGAGUACCACUCCAACCUAUACGGUGUUUCGGCGUACCUGCUGAGCAAGAUGUUGGUGGAAACGCUGCUCAUUUUCGUUCAAUCAGCCUGGUUACUUUAUGCUUGUGAUUCAGGUUAUCAUGGUGUUGAUUGAAAAAUUGUAUAGAUUACAAGAUCGUGGCUCGGUCCACUGCGGGCGCACAAAAUGCGAAUCUUCCAUUUUAAUUCAGUAAUGACGCCACCGUCGUCUUUUUUUUGAUGUGGUGUCCCUCCUUCAUCUCUUCGUCUGGCCACAUCUUUUCUGGGGAUUGCACGCGAAGUUUCUGACGCUUUGGAUCACGAUGGCGGGGAUGGGUUUCUGCGGUAUGGCGACAGGUUUGUUCCUAGCGACAAUGAACGUAAAUGCCCCUGAGAAGGCUUUACUGUGGGGUCCGGUUUUUCUUACGGCGAUUCCAAGUUGCUUUUCGGGUUCCUACAGAGCGUUGCAGGACAUGCCGUCUUACCUCGUAUGGAUGCAAUGGAUUACGCCAAGCGGAUACCUGAUAAAGCUCAUAUCUUACGUGGAAUUUGCGGCGUGCGCGACCUUCAUGGAUAGGUAAUUUUUAGGGCGUUCGUUGGAUGAGAAGUAAGACACUUGUCGCACUAGGAAAUGGCAUAAGUAUACAUCAAGAAUUUCUCUACCCUGUCGCCUUCAUCAACCUUCUGACGGUUCUUUUUUUCUACCUCUUAAACCAGUCAAGUGCAAGUGCAUUCGCAUGCAUCGACGUCUGCGCCGUACUCGCCUGCGGAGACUGCUGGAUUUUAUCGCGAGGCGCUUGGCAAAUAUUGGGCUGGGAUGAAGGUAGAGGACACAAAGGAGUUUCUCGUUGUGAAUUGGAGUGCAUGUGUGGCUCUGGUUGUGUUCUUCUGUAUUGCCUCUCUCGGGUGGCUUCGGGUAAAUAGUAGAACGCUUUUUUGAAGACUCGAAGAUAGGAUUAGGAGUGCGAAGCCGCAGAAAUUGAGAAUACAACAAAAAUAUGAACCACAUCGACACUCUGCGCUUUUUGCCCUAUUUCUCAGCAUUAAUCAGGAGGUUGCAAGAACUCAAGAUGUCGCUAGCAUCAAGGCUGAAGCCUCAUUAUUUUCAUGGAUAGGAACUAGGAAGUUACAUUCGAGUGCUUUCCAUAUUUGUCGAUAGAAGAUGCAUACUAUUCCAUAUUCACCUCGACAAUAUUAGACUUAUCCCGUGCAACAACAUAUCCUUAUGUCUGUAUUUUUGCGAAACGCAACAAUUUUGCGGUCGAUCAUUUUACUACUUGACUGGUCGGGAAACCAUCAUGUCCGAAACGAGCAUGGCAUUUCUUGUAUGACCGUGAGUGGAUUCCCAGCGGCAAAAUCGAAGAAGUGCGAAGUAGUCUCGAAUUUUCAUAGGUGAUGCUGAUUGUGGCGAACAAUUGCCUUUCCUUGUGAAAUACAUGUCUGCGAAAUGCAAGUACAACGAUGAAAGCUUCGCUACGCACAGCAACAAA